GCGCUGCGGAGCGAGGCGAUUGGCCGGCGGUUGCGCGGUGCCGGAGUGGAACGUCUGCACAGGGGCGGCCGCACGCGCGCCGCAGCCCGACCCGGGACCGCCCCUUCCUUAAAGCCGCAGCCUGAGUAGGAGCCGCAGUGGCGGCAUUAGCAGCGGCGAGUGCCAGGCGCCGUUGGCUGCAGCGCUUCGCCCCGGGGCGCUGACUGGAUGCGGCAGAGCCCCUCCCGCUACACCCAGGCACCGAGCCCCGCCGGAGCCCGCGCCCCUAGCAGCGCAGCAGCCUUCGCCGGCGCCCCGGGCUGGCAGGAUGUUUGACAAGGCGCGGCUGCCCUUCGUGUUCCUGGAUGUAGUCUGCGUGGUGCUGGCGGGCCUGCCUUUUGCAAUUCUCACUGCGAGGCAUAUCCCCUUCCAGAGAGGAGUUUUCUGUAAUGAUGAAUCCAUCCAGUACCCUAUCAAAGAUGACACCAUUUCUUAUCCAUUGUUAGCAGGAAUAAUUGUUCCUUUCAAUGUAAUCGUUAUAAUCGUAGGAGAAGCCCUGUCUGUCUAUUAUAACCAUUUGCACUCGAAUUCGUUUGUUGGAAAUAACUACAUAGCCACUAUUUACAAAGCCAUUGGGACCUUCAUUUUUGGUGCGGCAGCUAGCCAAUCCCUGACGGACAUUGCCAAGUACUCCAUAGGUAGACUACGUCCCCACUUCCUGGCUAUAUGCCAACCGGAUUGGGCACGAGUUAACUGCAGUUUAGGUUACAUUGAAAACUUCCCAUGUCAAGGAGACAAAGUAAAAGUUAAUGAGGGAAGACUGUCAUUUUACUCUGGGCAUUCUUCAUUCUCCAUGUACUGCAUGCUGUUCCUAGCACUUUAUCUUCAGGCCAGAAUGAAAGGAGAUUGGGCAAGACUUGUACGUCCCACAGCGCAAUUUGGUCUCAUUGCAGCAUCUAUCUACGUGGGUCUCUCCCGUGUUUCUGAUUACAAACAUCACUGGAGUGACGUGUUGACUGGACUCCUUCAGGGAGCGGUGGUAGCUGUGCUCAUCGUGGUGUAUGUAUCAGAUUUUUUCAAAGUGAGGGGAUGUACAUUUAAACCCAAUGAAGAAGAUUCACAUACGACUCUACAUGAGACACCAACAAAUGGAAAUCACUAUGGCAGUAAUCACCAACCAUGAUCCUGUGAAGUCUCCUGCUUUCUAAAAGAAAAAUGAAUUCAUAAGUCUCCAUAUGUAAAAUAAAUGCCUUUAAGGGACUGCUGCUGCUAUACCUCCUGGAUGCUCACUUUACAUGUAUAUAGUAACAUAACAGCAUUGUGUAUAUCUAAUAGCUUUAAAAAUCUUUUAAAAAAAAUUCUAUUAGUUCAAGCUUACUGCUUAUAAAAACACUUCUGUAAUUUUUUAUUAAAAUAACAUGGUAACACUUAUGUACAAACAGCACUGUGUAUGGAAGAUGCUUUGCUAGAAUGCUUCCUGUUUUAAAUACAUACAUCAUUAAAUGUCUGUCUUGGAGGUGAAGAUGGCAAACUGGCCUGAUACCACCAGUCUAAAAUUAUUCUGCUCCGUGAACAAGUCUCAGAUUGCUCCCAAUCCGUAAUGAGCUUCUAGAACAUAGAUUUUUUUAUAGGUAGAGACUUGCAGCAAACACAAUGUCUCUCUUGAUUUUGGUAAUUCCUAUCAAAAAGAAAAAACAGAUUAGUAUUAUUGUGUCAAAAUAUAUAGGUAAGAGCUGAACCUUGUGACACUACAUUAUGUGGUACCCGUACUAGUCUGAGACUUGUAUAUUCUAUGCACGGUGUAAGUCAUGACUUUAGACCCAUGGAUAAAGUACAGUGAAAAUCUACCCUUGAAAGGGUAGCUGUAUUAUCCUUUUAAGCAGUUUUUUUCAUAAAAUUUGGUAGAUUUAUGCUUAUAGCAGCUAGCUUUUACUACUAUUGCAAAUAAACUCUAAAGCCAAGUCAGACUUUCCAGCACGCGUACCUCUCUAUAGAAAGAAUCAAGUUGACAAUGUGUUAAAUUAAAAUAGUGCUUUUUCUCUCAGAUAAUGUAGGAUUUUCAAUAAUAAUUCAAAAGAACUUGGCUUGAAUAUUUUCUUUAGAAGCUGAAACAGAUUUAGUUCAUAGGUACAUACUUUCACCCUUCUAUUUAUAACCAUAUUCUAAAUACAUACCUUCGGCAAACUUAUUUUCCAGCUCUGUGUUUCCUAUGGCCUUUGCUGCUUGACACAUCUGUCGAAGCAAUUCUUCUAGCCGCCUCAUACAACGAAUUAUGCUACCUAGAUGAAAAUGAAGCCUUUGUUUUUUUAGCAGUCACUUCACUUAAUGGCAACAAGAAAGUUGACUAAAUUCAUUACAUGACAUAUCAUUAAUGUAACUUGAGCUUCUGCAUGAAGGAUAUCCUUAAACAGUACAGCUUCAGGCCUACUUCCUUAAGUACAAUGCUUUGGAUUUGUAACAGAAUUCCAUUUUAAAACCACUGACUUCAUAUGCCAACUUACAUUCCCACAGUCCAGCUUUCAUUUCUAGAAAUUAAGCUUAUUGGCCAUGUAAAAGAACUCUUUGCUCCUGAAACUUUAGUUGUUACCGAUUUCAAUCAGCUGCUCACGAGUUUUAGAGAGCCUGAAUAUUGCACAAGAAAUUUAGCCUGCACUGCAGGCAUACGAGCCAGAGAUGCUCAAAGUAUCAAGACCUCCUCCUACCAUAGCCAUGCAUUCCAAAAAAACCUCCAACCCCAUCUAAAGUAACUUUUCUAUGGAAAGGUGAUUGUCACUUGUCCAGACAAUUUUUGCCACUAGAGAAGUAUAAAAUAGAAUAAAAGUCAUGAACAGCUGAAAUACAGAUAGCCUUGAAAGAAACAACCAAUAGGCAUUUUGCACAUAAUUAGCUCUUUUUCCAGUCUUUCCUUCAUUAUAAACUGAAUACCUGAACUGACAGUAGCAUUUGUUUUUUGAUACAUGGAUUCCCUUGUCCACUGUUCAAACUAAGGGACAAUCGGAUUCUAAAAGCAAUGGGAUAUAAAGCAGGGAGAUUACUGAGCAGAUGGGCUUUGAAUGUAGGUGUUAAAGACUUUGUCCCAUUGCCAGCUCACUUUCUCUGCUACAAUGAAUGGGGCUAGUGGAGACUGCACUAGAUUCUGGUGCAUGACAUGUUCCACAUCCUAUACAGGUGUGUAGCAUAACUAAGUACAUGUAAGCACAGUACUUGAUAUACCUAAAAUAGAAGGAUGGUAAAUACGUAUAGUGUGCUAUUAUACAAUUUUUGCUUCUUUGUUACAAUCUAAUUUAAAGCUAGUCUGUGAUAUGGAAAUAUCUGUCCAGUAUAGAUUUCACAUUUGACUGUAAACAGCACUGAAGUGAUAUCCGCAUGGAGAACAAGAAGCUUCAGUGUAAUUUUUUAUCUAAAUUUCCAGCAGAUAGUGCACUAUCUGCUGUGGACAAGCUUCUCUUUGAUUAAUUUUUUCAGGCAGAGUUGUGACUUCACAGAUGACUGAUACUACAAAGCACAAACGGGUCUGGAGGAAGACUGUAGAAGUGACAGUCCAGAGUAAUUUAUCUCUGCCACCCAGGCCUAAAGACACCCCUCUUUGAAAAUAAAGCCCUAAUUCCACAAUUGUCUAUAUUCAGUGAAAGCCUGCACACAUUUGUUUUGUUAAGGCAUUCUUCAUAUGAACACAUUCAUUGCUGCCAUUAUGUCAUCUACUACAGCAGGAGUAACUCCUGCAGUAUCUGUAAAACCGCUUGCAGCUAUUGCAGGUUAAAAGCCGUAUGGCGUCAAUUACUGAGACAAAGCACAAGUCCAAAAUAAGUGAACCAUCAGCAGUUCCCCUGAGCAUAGCCACGCUGCAUUUUGGCAACAUCAACUCAGUUUUCUGGAAGUCCCUGCUAGAGUCUGUUCACAAGAAUACAAUUCCAUCAAGCACCAGCUUACAAAGAGAGGCUUCAUUAUAGCUGUUGCAGACAAAACAAAGUUGUACACAGCAACCAGUUAUUCCUAAACCUACAUUAUCUUCCUUUUAAAAAACCAAGUCAAUCUAUAAAUGUUUAAACAGAUUAUUGCUUGGCAGUUUUCUUUUUCAAAACUCUAGGUCCCUUUUCUCUCCCGUUCCCCCCCUCACUUCCACCCCACUAUGACUUGUAAGUAUAAGACCCCUUCAUGGCCACUUUACUUCUGAUUGUUAGGGACUGGGUUGAUUUCUAGUCACAAAUCAAUGCUGCUGCUAUUUAGCAAGAAACCUUUCUUUGGGAAUGAUACACAACACUCCACAUUUUGGAAACAGCUUCCUGCAUUCAAAGGCUCAGUCUGCAACAGGAACAUUAGGCGCUGCAGUUGGUGCACCUCCACUGCUGAGGGCAGCUGUAAGGUAGAAGGACAGAGCUGCUCAGAAAUGUUUUGCCAAAUCUAUUUUAGAUUUGAUAAAACUUGUUCAAACACCAGGCAGGUUUCUACGGGAAACCUGUGAGUGUUCUAGGGUCUACAGCUUGUGGCAGGGAGCCUGCCAGCCACUGGAACGCUGGCAGGAGUCAGGCAUUCAGUUUGUAGUGAAGGAAAGGCUCUGGAAAAAGAGCUAAUUGUGUGUAAAAUGCCUCUUGGUUGUUUCCUUCAAGGCAGUUCAUGGCUUUUAUUCCAUUUUAUACUUCUCUAGCUGUAAAAAUUAUUUGGACAAGUGACAAUCACCUUUCCAUAGAAAAGUUACUUUAGAUGGGGUUGGGGUGUUUUUUUUUUUUUUUUUUUUUAUGCUUGUGAUGGCUCUGAUAGAUAGUGAUAUUUUGAGGAUUUCUAGCUAUUGUGCCUGUAGUACAAGCUAGAUUUCUUGUGGCUCAGGUCUCUAGGAGCCCUGGGGAUUCCCAACCCCAGGACAGUCUGCAUGGCAGGGCUGCCACAGACCCUGGGAGCCCUGGCAGCAGAUCACUCAACUGACAUUGUCAGUUUAUUUUUUUUCCCCCAGAAACACCAUGCUUCACUAUUUCCAAAAUGACAUUUUUGUCUUGCUGAACAGUUUCCGCAAAUUCAGUUUUAUUCCAAUGGAGAAUUAACCCAACUUCUGAAAAUCCAAAAUUUCUUACAGACUAAAAAUCUUGAGUUUUGACCAGCUCCAAAAGGGGGGGAUCAAUUUGUUUGUUUGUACAACCGUCAGCGUUAAAAAUGUCCAAUCCCCAUCUAGCCUACAGCUUCCCUCAUUGCUACUGUUGGUGAUGGAGCUACACUGCUCAUGAGUUACACAGUCUAAUUCUUCCACCAGAGAUCCUGCCCUGGUGCCUGCUGGUCCAGAUCACAAAAAACCUGGAUGUAACUGUCUCCCAUGUAAUAGCAAAGAACAUACCUGCUAAGCAAGCCCUUCCUCUAGCCACUUGCUGUGCAGAAAAAAGGGAGGAAAAAACAGGGGGUUGUAUCUAAAUCAUCAUUGUGCAGUGUUUUUACUCAGUACAAUUUGGUGUUUUUGUAAUAAUGAGGAACAAAUUAAGUAUGCAAAUGUUUAAGCUCUCCCCUUCCCCCCAGAAUGUCAGAUCCUCACAUCUACCCCUGUCCACAACACAAUGGGGAACAGACGAUAUUAAUCUUGUCCUCAGUGCCAAAGGCUUCCACCCCCUCUCCUAGGUGCCAAAUGCCUCCUACCACCAUGCCAAAGUUUCUAGUUCUCACCCCAUCCUAUCCCACCAUACUACAUGUUGCUUUCAGUGUGGAAGAGAAUCUUGUAGUAUGGGGGCAAUUUCAAAUUAGAAAGAGUUAGGGUUUGUCCAGACAAAAUAGUUAGUGUGAGACACGCCAGGGUGUAAAUCUAGUGGGUCAUGCUCUAACUGUCUAUGUGGAUUUUGUUAACAUGCACUAGAAGUUACCUCGUAUGCACUGACCUACUACCAACAUCUAGACAAGCCCUUCAAUGGAGACUUGUAUUUAAUAUAACAAUAAUCACAGUGUUCCUUAUUUUAUUAUUCAUUUUCAUAUUCAAUUCAAUAAAAGCUUGUUUUUUAAUCUA